CCAGGAGCGCGAUAGCGGGUGGGCAUUGUCGCGUAUAUUGAACUUGACCAUCAACGUGAACAGACACAAUCCGAUGCACGCUGGAUGUCGCAUUAAAUUACCGGAGGAGAUAAAGACGAAGAAAGCAGUGGUGAAUGUGCAAUCGAAGGACAAUGCAUGUUUCGGGUGGUCGGUGGUCGCCGCUCUUCAUCCUGCGGAAAGAAACACGGAACGCAAAUUUUCCUAUCCGCAUUAUACAACGGUGCUGAAUCUCAAGGGCAUAGAGUUUCCAGUAACGCUGAAGCAAAUAAAAAAUUUUGAGCUUCUGAACGACAUCUCGAUAAACGUAUACGCCGCCCAGGAGAAGAAGAAGGAAGAAGAAAAACUCAUGAUCGUGCCGAUACGACUCACCGAUGAGAAGAAGUGCGAUGAUGAGAAGCAUGUGAACCUGCUGUACAUGCAGGAUCCGCUUGACAACGUGGGACAUUUCACAUACAUCAAGAAUCUAUCUCGGCUGGUGAGCUCCCAACUUAGCAGCAAUAAACGAAAAAAAUACAUUUGUGAUCGAUGUCUACAUUAUUUCCAUACCAACGAGAAAUUGGAGGCCCACACCGCGGAUUGUCAACGAAUGAACGACUGCGCCAUCGUUCUACCAAAUGAAGAGGACAAGUGGUUAAGUUUCACCAACUACAACAGGAAGGAGAGAAUACCGUUCGUCGUGUACGCCGAUCUGGAAUGUAUCCUGCAGGAGACGGAGGAGAACAACCCGAAGCUGUACCAGCAUCACCAGGUAUUCAGCAUCGGGUAUUACGUGCGAUGCAAUUACGAUGCGUCGUUAUCCGGAUACCGAUCCCAUCGCGAUACCGACUGCAUAGCGUAG